AUGUUGAUUUUCACCCAACGCAAACCCUCUGGGAGCUGGCCUGGUCUGGCUGCUGUAUUACAUCUUCUACUUUUUCUUCCAGCAUCAUCAAGCCAAGCAGAGAAGGAGCUGACAGAUUCUCCUGCAACCUCCAAACGCCUCUCCUUCCCAGGUAGCUCAGAGUCUCCUCUCUCUUCAAAGCGACCAAAAACAUCAGAGGAGACCAAACCGGAGCAGAUGUACCAGUGUCCCUACUGCAAGUACAGCAACGCCGAUGUCAACCGGCUGCGGGUGCACGCCAUGACGCAGCACUCGGUGCAGCCCAUGCUCCGCUGCCCCCUGUGCCAGGACAUGCUCAACAACAAGAUCCACCUCCAGUUGCACCUCACCCACCUCCACAGCGUGGCCCCCGACUGCGUGGAGAAGCUCAUCAUGACGGUGACCACCCCUGAGAUGGUGAUGCCCAGCAGCCUGUUCCUCCCAGCGGCUGUUCCAGAUCGGGACGGGAACUCCAGCUUGGAGGAGGCAGGAAAGCAGCCUGAAACCUCAGAUGAUCUGGGAAAGAACAUCUCGCCCUCUGCCAGCACAGAACACAGUGGAGAUGUGAAACCCUCUCCUGCUGACCCAGGCUCUGUGAGAGAAGAUUCAGGCUUCCUGUGCUGGAAGAAGGGGUGCAACCAGGUUUUCAAAACUUCCGCCACUCUCCAGACGCACUUCAACGAGGUUCAUGCCAAGAGGCCUCAGCUGCCCGUGUCGGAUCGCCACGUGUACAAGUACCGCUGCAACCAGUGCAGCCUGGCUUUCAAGACCGUGGAGAAGCUGCAGCUCCACUCUCAGUACCACGUGAUCAGAGCUGCCACCAUGUGCUGUCUCUGUCAGCGCAGUUUCCGAACUUUCCAGGCUCUGAAAAAACACCUCGAGACGAGCCACCUGGAGUUGAGUGAGGCCGACAUCCAACAGCUUUAUGGUGGCCUUCUGGCCAAUGGAGACCUCCUGGCAAUGGGAGACCCCACCCUGGCCGAGGACCACACCAUAAUCGUUGAGGAAGACAAGGAAGAGGAGAGUGACUUGGAGGAUAAACAGAGCCCGACGGGCAGUGACUCCGGGUCGGUACAAGAAGACUCGGGCUCAGAGCCAAAGAGAGCUCUACCUUUCAGAAAAGGCCCCAACUUCACCAUGGAAAAAUUUCUGGACCCUUCUCGCCCUUACAAGUGUACCGUCUGCAAGGAAUCUUUCACUCAGAAGAACAUCCUGCUAGUGCACUACAAUUCUGUCUCCCACCUGCAUAAGUUGAAGAGAGCCCUUCAAGAAUCGGCAGCUGGUCAGCCAGAACCCACCAGCAGCCCUGACAACAAACCUUUCAAGUGUAACACUUGUAACGUGGCCUAUAGCCAGAGCUCCACGCUGGAGAUCCAUAUGAGGUCUGUGUUGCAUCAAACCAAGGCCCGGGCAGCCAAGCUGGAGGCUGCAAGUGGCAGCAGCAAUGGCACCGGGAACGGCAGCAGUGUCUCCCUGAGCUCCUCCACCCCAAGUCCUGUGAGCACCAGUGGCUGUAACGCCUUUACCACCACCAAUCCAAGCAGUGCUGGCAUUGCUCCAGGCUCCAGCUUACUGAGCCAAGUGCCCACUGAGAGUGGAGCAAUGCCACCCCUGGGGAAUCCCAGCGGCGCCAACACUGCUGCCCCUUCAGAGCCCAAGGAAGCCAAUCGGAAGAAGCUGGCAGAUAUGAUCACAUCCAGGCAGCAGCAGCAGCAGCAGCAGCAGCAAGCACAGACCCUGGCCCAGGCCCAGGCCCAAGUUCAAGCUCACCUGCAGCAGGAGCUGCAGCAGCAGGCGGCCCUGAUCCAGUCCCAGCUGUUUAGCCCCACCCUCCUUCCUCACUUCCCCAUGGCCACGGAGACCCUGCUGCAGCUGCAGCAGCAGCAGCAUCUCCUCUUCCCCUUCUACAUCCCCAGCGCCGAGUUCCAGCUCAGCCCCGAGGUGAGCCUGCCGGUGACGAGCGGGGCGCUGACGCUGACGGGGGCGGGCCCGGGCUUGCUGGAAGAGCUGAAGGCUCAGGUGCAGGUCCCGCAGCAGGGCCAUCAGCAGGUCCCGCAGCAGCAGCAGCAGAGCCAGCUCUCUCUGCCCCAGAGUCACUCUGCCCUCCUACAGCCCAGCCAGCACAUCGAGAAGAAAAACAAGUUGGUCAUCAAAGAAAAGGAAAAAGAAAGCCAGAGAGAGAGGGACGCUGCCGAGGGGGGAGAGGGCACCUCGGGACCCAAGGAAUCACUGCCAGAUGCCUUGAAGGCCAAAGAGAAGAAAGAAUUGGCCCCAGGGGGUAGCUGUGAGCCGUCCAUGCUCCCUCCACGCAUCGCCUCGGACGCCAGAGGGAACGCCACCAAGGCCUUGCUGGAGAACUUUGGCUUUGAGCUGGUCAUUCAGUACAAUGAGAACAAGCAGAAGGUACAGAAGAAGAACGGGAAGACCGAGCCGGGGGAGAAUCCGGAGAAGCUCGAGUGCGACUCCUGUGGCAAGUUGUUCUCGAACAUCUUGAUUUUAAAGAGUCAUCAGGAGCAUGUUCACCAGAAUUACUUUCCCUUUAAACAGCUGGAGAGAUUUGCCAAACAGUACCGAGAGCACUACGACAAGCUGUACCCCUUGAGGCCUCAGACCCCCGAGCCGCCGCCCCCGCCGCCGCCGCCGCCCCCGCUUCCGGCAGCGCCGCCGCCGCCGGCCUCCACCCCAGCCAUCCCCGUGUCAGCGCCACCCAUCACCUCGCCCACGAUUGCACCGGCCCAGCCGUCCGUGCCGCUGACCCAGCUCUCCAUGCCCAUGGAGCUGCCCAUCUUCUCGCCACUGAUGAUGCAGACGAUGCCGCUGCAGACCCUGCCGGCCCAGCUGCCCCCUCAGCUUGGACCUGUGGAGCCUCUGCCUGCGGACCUGGCCCAGCUCUACCAGCAUCAGCUCAAUCCAAGUCUGCUCCAGCAGCAGAAUAAGAGGCCUCGCACUAGGAUCACGGAUGACCAGCUCCGAGUCCUGCGGCAGUAUUUUGACAUUAACAACUCCCCCAGUGAAGAGCAGAUCAAAGAGAUGGCAGACAAGUCUGGGUUGCCCCAGAAAGUGAUCAAGCACUGGUUCAGAAACACUCUCUUCAAAGAGCGGCAGCGUAACAAGGACUCCCCUUACAACUUCAGCAAUCCUCCUAUCACCAGCCUGGAGGAGCUCAAGAUCGACUCUCGGCCCCCUUCACCAGAACCUCAGAAGCAGGAGUACUGGGGGAGCAAGAGGUCUUCAAGAACAAGAUUUACUGACUACCAGCUGAGGGUCCUGCAGGACUUCUUUGAUGCCAAUGCUUACCCCAAGGACGAUGAAUUUGAGCAACUCUCUAAUUUACUGAACCUUCCGACCCGAGUCAUAGUGGUCUGGUUUCAAAACGCCCGACAGAAGGCCAGGAAAAAUUAUGAGAAUCAGGGAGAGGGCAAAGAUGGAGAGCGGCGGGAACUUACAAACGACAGGUAUAUUCGAACGAGCAACUUGAACUACCAGUGCAAAAAAUGUAGCCUGGUGUUUCAGCGCAUCUUUGAUCUCAUCAAGCACCAGAAGAAGCUGUGUUACAAGGAUGAGGAUGAGGAGGGGCAGGAUGACAGCCAAAACGAGGACUCCAUGGACGCCAUGGAAAUCCUGACGCCCACCAGCUCCUCGUGCAGCACCCCGAUGCCCUCCCAGGCUUACAGCACCCCAGCACCAACGGCCAAUACAGCUUCCGCUGCUUUCUUGCAGCUUACAUCAGAGGCUGACGAACUGGCCACCUUCAGUUCAAAACCAGAGGCGAGUGAUGAGAAACCAAAGCAGGCGGAACCUCCCAGUGCACAGCCAAACCAGACCCAAGAAAAGCAAGGACAACCAAAGGCAGAGCUGCAGCAGCAAGACCAGCCCGAGCAGAAGACAAAUGCAGCCCAGCAAAAGCUCCCGCAGCUGACGUCCCCCGCGUCGUUGCCCCAGCCUCCUCCCCAAGCGCCCCCACCUCAGUGCCCCUUAGCCCAGUCGAGCCCCAGUCCCUCCCAGCUCUCCCACCUGCCCCUUAAGCCCCUCCACACGUCAACUCCUCAGCAGCUGGCCAACCUACCUCCGCAGCUAAUCCCCUACCAGUGUGACCAGUGCAAGCUGGCGUUCCCGUCGUUUGAGCACUGGCAGGAGCAUCAGCAGCUCCACUUUCUGAGCGCACAGAACCAGUUCAUCCACCCCCAGUUUCUGGACAGGUCGCUGGAUAUGCCUUUCAUGCUGUUUGACCCUAGUAACCCACUGCUGGCAAGCCAGCUGCUCUCUGGGGCCAUACCUCAGAUUCCGGCGAGCUCGGCCACUUCCCCUUCAACGCCCACCUCCACGAUGAACACCCUGAAGAGGAAGCUGGAGGAAAAGGCCAGUGCCAGCCCUGGAGAAAACGACAGUGGGACGGGAGGAGAAGAACCUCAGAGAGACAAGCGUUUGAGGACAACUAUUACACCAGAACAGCUAGAAAUCCUCUACCAAAAGUAUCUCUUGGACUCCAAUCCAACUCGAAAGAUGUUGGAUCACAUUGCGCAUGAGGUGGGUUUGAAGAAACGUGUGGUACAAGUCUGGUUUCAGAACACCCGAGCCCGGGAAAGGAAAGGACAGUUCAGGGCUGUGGGCCCGGCCCAGGCCCACAGGAGAUGCCCUUUUUGCAGAGCGCUCUUCAAAGCCAAGACUGCCCUGGAGGCUCAUAUCCGGUCCCGUCAUUGGCAUGAAGCCAAGAGAGCUGGCUACAACCUAACUCUGUCUGCAAUGCUCUUAGACUGCGAUGGGGGACUCCAGAUGAAAGGAGAUAUUUUUGAUGGAACUAGCUUUUCCCACCUACCCCCAAGCAGUGGUGAUGGCCAAGGUGUUCCCCUCUCACCUGUGAGCAAAACCAUGGAGUUGUCUCCUAGAACUCUUCUUAGCCCUUCUUCCAUCAAGGUGGAAGGGAUCGAAGACUUUGAAAGCCCUUCCAUGUCCUCAGUUAAUCUAAACUUUGACCAAACUAAGCUGGACAACGACGACUGUUCCUCAGUCAACACAGCGAUCACAGAUACCACCACUGGAGACGAGGGCAACGCGGAUAACGACAGUGCGACGGGAAUAGCAACUGAAACCAAAUCCUCUUCCGCGCCCAGUGAAGGGUUGACCAAAGCGGCCAUGAUGGCAAUGUCCGAGUAUGAAGAUCGGUUGUCAUCCGGUCUGGUCAGCCCAGCCCCGAGCUUUUACAGCAAGGAAUAUGACAAUGAAGGUACAGUGGACUACAGUGAAACCUCGAGCCUUGCGGACCCCUGCUCCCCAAGCCCUGGUGCAAGUGGGUCAGCGGGCAAAUCCGGAGACAGUGGGGAUAGGCCCGGGCAGAAACGUUUUCGCACUCAGAUGACCAAUCUGCAGCUGAAGGUCCUCAAGUCAUGCUUUAAUGACUACAGGACACCCACCAUGCUAGAGUGUGAAGUCCUGGGCAAUGACAUUGGACUGCCAAAGAGAGUGGUUCAGGUCUGGUUCCAGAAUGCCCGGGCAAAAGAAAAGAAGUCCAAGUUAAGCAUGGCCAAGCAUUUUGGUAUAAACCAAACAAGUUACGAGGGACCCAAAACAGAGUGCACUUUGUGUGGCAUCAAGUACAGCGCUCGGCUGUCUGUACGUGACCAUAUCUUUUCCCAACAGCAUAUCUCCAAAGUUAAAGACACCAUUGGAAGCCAGUUGGACAAGGAGAAAGAAUACUUUGACCCAGCCACUGUACGUCAGUUGAUGGCUCAACAAGAGUUGGACCGGAUUAAAAAGGCCAAUGAGGUCCUCGGACUGGCAGCUCAGCAGCAAGGGAUGUUUGACAACGCCCCUCUUCAGGCUCUCAACCUUCCUACGGCAUAUCCGGCAAUCCAGGGCAUUCCUCCCGUGUUGCUCCCCGGCCUCAACAGCCCCUCCUUGCCAGGCUUUACUCCAUCCAACACAGCUUUAACGUCUCCUAAACCGAACUUGAUGGGUCUGCCCAGCACAACAGUUCCUUCCCCCGGCCUCCCCACGUCUGGAUUACCAAAUAAACCGCCCUCAGCGUCGCUGAGCUCCCCCACCCCAGCACAGGCCCCCGCGGCGACGGCCCCUCUGCCAAGCCCCCAACCGCAGCCGCCGCAGGCGCAACCGCCGCCGCCAGCAGCCCAGCCGCCACCCGCGCCGCAGCUCCCGCCGCAGCAGCAGCCACAGCAACGCAAGGACAGAGACGGUGAGAAGGGAAAGGAGAAGGAAAAGGCACACAAAGGGAAAGGGGAACCCCUGCCCGUCCCCAAGAAGGAGAAAGGAGAGGCCCCCACGGCGGCCGCAGCCACGAUCUCAGCACCGCUGCCCGCCAUGGAGUAUGCAGUGGACCCUGCGCAGCUGCAGGCCCUGCAGGCAGCCUUGACUUCGGACCCCACAGCGUUGCUCACGAGCCAGUUCCUCCCUUACUUUGUACCAGGCUUCUCUCCUUAUUAUGCCCCCCAGAUCCCCGGCGCCCUGCAGAGCGGGUACCUGCAGCCUAUGUACGGCAUGGAAGGCCUGUUCCCCUACAGCCCUGCGCUGUCGCAGGCCCUGAUGGGGCUGUCUCCGGGCUCCCUACUGCAGCAGUACCAGCAAUACCAGCAGAGUCUGCAGGAGGCCAUCCAGCAGCAGCAGCAGCAGCGGCAGCUGCAGCAGCAGCAAAAAGCGCAGCAGCCCAAAGCAAGCCAAACCCCAGUCCCCCAGGGGGCUGCUUCCCCAGACAAAGACCCUGCCAAAGAAUCCCCCAGACCAGAAGAGCAGAAAAACGCACCCCGUGAGGUGUCCCCCCUCCUGCCGAAACCCCCCGAAGAGCCAGAAGCAGAAAGCAAAAGUGCGGACUCCCUCUACGACCCCUUCAUUGUUCCAAAGGUGCAGUACAAGUUGGUCUGCCGCAAGUGCCAGGCGGGCUUCAGUGACGAGGAGGCGGCGAGGAGCCACCUGAAGUCCCUCUGCUUCUUCGGCCAGUCUGUGGUGAACCUGCAAGAGAUGGUGCUUCACGUCCCCACGGGCGGCGGCGGCGGCGGCGGCGGCGGCGGCGGCGGCGGCUCGUACCACUGCCUGGCGUGCGAGAGCGCGCUCUGUGGGGAGGAAGCUCUGAGUCAACAUCUCGAGUCGGCCUUGCACAAACACAGAACAAUCACGAGAGCAGCAAGAAACGCCAAAGAGCACCCUAGUUUAUUACCUCACUCUGCCUGCUUCCCCGAUCCUAGCACCGCAUCUACCUCGCAGUCUGCCGCUCACUCAAACGACAGCCCCCCUCCCCUGUCGGCCGCCGCCCCCUCCUCGUCCUCCGCUUCCCCCCACGCCUCCAGGAAGUCUUGGCCGCAAGUGGUCUCCCGGGCUUCGGCCGCGAAGCCCCCUUCUUUUCCUCCUCUCUCCUCAUCUUCAACGGUUACCUCAAGUUCAUGCAGCACCUCAGGGGUUCAGCCCUCGAUGCCAACAGACGACUAUUCGGAGGAGUCUGACACGGAUCUCAGCCAAAAGUCCGACGGACCGGCGAGCCCGGUGGAGGGUCCCAAAGACCCCAGCUGCCCCAAGGACAGUGGUCUGACUA